AUGUUUAGUGGCCUCGAUAACAGCAUUGAUAUUGAACUUAUUGCUGCAUUUCGUGUCAAAGGAAACUUGGAACACAAUACCUUGUGCAAAUCAUUUGGUGACAAACUAAAAGCUCUAAAUGAUGGUGAUGAGAUGAAAACACGGGUUCAGGCUAACAAUGCCUUCAUGCAUAAUAGUUGCAAAUUGCUCGAGAGGCUUAUUUGUGAGGCAAAUCGCUACUGA